ACUGCGCUCUCUCUCACGGAAAUAGCCCGUCCUCGCCGGACCGGUCGGACCGCGUGUUUACGUCUGUGGCGAGGUCAGCGCUCAUCUCUGCGUGCGCCGUCUACGACGGAAACUGCAGAGUGAAGUGCAUCCAGACUGGGACUGUGACCACAUCCACCAAAGCCGUGUCGGAAUUGAGGCCGCACUCUACGCUUCAGUUCAGUGCGACCGCCCGACGUUCUUCCAGAGCGUAUCUCAGCCUCAGUGUAGUGUGGUCACGGGUGUUGACGAGCCUGCCACAGUGUCAGUGUCAGUGUCAGUGUGUCGUUGGACCGACACGCACGUGCCGGCGGCGUCGCGAUCGAUCCGUCGGCGCCCUGUGAGCCGCGGGAGGCGUGGAUGGGCGUGCGUGAGUCAGUGUUCCUGAGAAGCGGCUGAGAGGAGGGUCGGCCGGCCGGACGGGACACGCCCCCGGCCAUGUCGGACAACGAGCGGUCAGCAUCGGCGGCCGCUGUCGUGAGCGAUGCCGGCUCGGCGGACGGCACCGACGCCGAGCCGGCCCCCGAUCCGGGCACCCCCGGCUCCGGCGACUCCAUCGACACCAACAUGGUGCCGCCCUACGAGAGAAACACAGACAUGACCGACGAGGAGCUCAAGCAGGCGCGCUCCAGCAGGUCGGCCGUGCGAUGGAGGUCUCUGGAGGCACUGGACGAUGACCGGGCGGCAGCGGCGGCGGUGCCCCUGCUGGGCCCUCGCCGGUUCUCGAUGGAAGAUGCGGAGCACCUGGGCCGCGGCUCGGCGGAGACCAGCUUCAUCCAGAGCCUGGCGGCGCUGUUCGGGGCGUCACAGCCCCGAAACUCCCUCGAAAGGAGCUGCAGCGUGGUGACCGGCCUCAGUCAGGCCAUGGCCGACUUUGACCCCUUCAGGAACCACCAACUGGACUUGAGAAAGGGCCUUCAUCAGGUGGCGCGGGAGGGCGACUCAGAGGCGAUGCGGCUGCUGCUGGACUCGCUGUUGAACCAGCCGCAGCGGCUGCAGCGCCGGUUGAACCAGCUCGACUCGGAGAGACUCUCGCCGCUGCACUACGCCGCGCGCUACAACCGACUCGAGACGGUCCGGCUGCUCAUCAAGUACGGAGCGCGCACCAACAUCCGCGGGGAGGACGGCCUCACGCCGCUCCACUACGCCGCCAGGUACCGUCGCCAGCUGCCAGUCGCCCAGGCGCCCGUCGAAGAACGGUUCUCCACAGCGACAGUGACGCCGCCGACUCCGCCCCCCGAGCAGGAGGAAACGGUCAUCGACGUCCUGGUGGAUAACGGCGCCGACGUCAACGCCAAGGACGUCUACGGACUGACGUCGCUUCACUACGCUGCCAUGCGCGGCAACGACCAAGCCGCGCAGCAGUUGCUGCAGUGCUCCAACGUGAACCCUGAGGCCAAGGACAACCAGCAGAUGACGCCGCUGCACAUGGCGGCCACCUACGGCUACCCGACGGUGACGGCGCUGCUGCUGAAGCUGGACGUGCCGUUGCGCUGUGUGGACGAGGAGCAACAGACGCCGCUGCACAGCGCCGCCAAGGGCGGACACUGCCGCAUCGUCAGCAUGCUCAUCAUGGCCGCCCGAGAGAGGUCGGGAGCGACGGUGGUCAAACAGAUGCUGGCUGACCGUGACCAGCGUCAGAACUCGGCUCUCCACCUGGCGGUGGAAAGCGGCAGUCUGUCCACCGUGGAACUGCUGGUGGAGACCGGCGCCGCCGAUGUGAAUGUCGUGAACGACACGGGUGACUCGCCCCUGCACGGAGCUGUGGUCGGCGGGCAGCUGGACAUCGUCAAAAUGCUCGUCCGGCACCACGCCGCCAUCAACAUGCAGAACUUCCAGCAUCAGACUCCGUUGCACCGAGCGGCAAUGUACAACCACAUCGACAUCAUCGAGUACCUCCUGAGCAGACGAGCGAACAUUGAGCGGCUGGACACGGACAAUUUCACGCCGCUGCUGCUGGCGGCUUCGGCGGGUCAUGCGCGAGCUGUCGAAACCCUGCUGCGGCACGGGGCGGACAUUAGUGCCACCGACAAGUACGACAUGACGGCCAUCAGCUGGUGCGCCAAAGAGAACAACGUUGGAGCGCUGGAGGUUCUAUUGCGUCACUGUCAAGCACCAGCACUAGUCGACUUCAGUGACAAGUACGACAACUCGCCACUCCACUUGGCAUGCCGCGAGGGCUAUCUGGCCAUCGCACGUGCACUGCUCGACGCCGGCAGUCGGAUUGAUAACAAGAAUGAGGACGAGCAGACACCGCUGCAUGUGGCUGCUAAAUACGGCCGGACGGCUGUGGUGAAGGAGCUGCUGCACCGGGACAACCUCAUCAUCACGGAUCAGGACGAACAGCAGAACACCGCCCUGCACGUGGCCGCCCUCGAGGGACACCAGCUGGUGGUGGAGGCACUCAUCGAGGCAGGUGCCGCCGUGGUGGCCCGAAACGUGCAUCUCUGGACACCACUCGACUGUGCCUCAGCCAAGGGCUGGAAGAACACGGUUAAGAUCUUGUUGGCCAACGACUCCCCUGUGGACCCGGUGGACAAGUCCAAGACGACGCCGCUCCACCUGGCGGCCAGGGAGGGUCACCGCUCCGUGGUAAAGGUGCUCCUGGAGGCCGGCGCCCUGCUCAGCGCGCGAGACGGCAACGGAAAGGGCGCCCUCGAGCUGGCCAUUCUCAACGGCCACAGAGACGUUGUGUCGACAAUUCUGCAAUCAGACCAGUGGCGUGACGCGCUUAAUAACGUGACGCAGUCGGCGCGUAACGUGCGCGUCACACCGAUCCGUCUGCUGAUCAAAAAGUACCCCGACCUGGCCGAAGAGGUGUUCAACAUGUGCACCAAAACCAAUGGCUUGGAGCUGAAUGACAAGAACCUGGCGGUGACGUUUGACUUUGAGUUCGUGGACGACACCUACUCCUCCGUGCAGCCGCCGGAGGACGAUACAGAGCUCAACGUCCGGGAUGAUACCUCGAAUGGCGCAGGUGACGCGCUCUACCACUACUCCUGCUACGCUGACGACGGCACGGUCAAGGACUCGGCUCACCCCUACACCAUGGACUCGACGGUCAGAAAGAACAACCACCCGCUGAUGAUCAUGGUCCGCGCCAAACGGGUGGCGCUGCUCGGCCACCCGCUGUGUCUGACGCUGUUGCACUUCAAGUGGCACCGGCUGGCGCGCUAUCUCUACUACGUCAACCUGCUGCUCUACAUCACCUUCCUGACCUUCCUCACCGGCUACCUCAUCUCCACGCCGCCGCCGAACGCCUACACCGACAAAAUAGCGACAGCCGCCGACGCGAUGUUGGACUCUGCUGUCCCCGAGGCGCCCCCGAACAAGACCUUCGUGGCCUGUCCCGAGAUCCGCGCCUGGCUUCACGAGGAGCAGAACCUGUUCGCCAGCGUGGGCCGCUACGUGAUCACGGUGCUGGCCUGUCUGCAGCUGCUCAAGGAGCUGGGCCAGGUGUUCCAGGCUCGUCUUCACUAUUUCGGCUGGAACAACACUCUGGAGUGGACGUGCUACGUGUGCGCCCUGCUGCUGGUCUGGGACUUUGACGACUGCUCGCGGGACACCGGCGUAAGGCAGCUGUGGCAGUGGAACGUCGGCGCGGCGGCCGUAUUUCUCGGCUGGAUGAACCUGCUGCUCUUCAUCCGCAAGUUCCCGGUGUUCGGCAUCUACGUUGUCAUGUUCACUGACGUCCUCUCCACGUUCAGCAAGUUCUCCGUCGUCUUCUUCCUCUUCAUCACGGCCUUCGCCAUCAGUUUCUUUGUCCUGCUUCAGAAUCAGGCGGAGUUUUCGUCUGUGGGAAAGUCGCUGCUGAAGACGGCGGUGAUGAUGAUUGGCGAGUUCGACUACAGCAACAUCUUCUUCGACGACUCGCAGACGGUGCCGUUCCCGGAGGUCACCUACACGCUGUUCGUCGCCUUCCUCAUCCUCAUGUCAAUCAUCAUCAUGAACUUGCUGGUGGGUCUAGCUGUCGACGACAUCAAGGCCGUCCAGGAGCAGGCGUCGCUGAAGCGGCUGGCGAUGACGGUGCAGCUGGUCCUAGACGUCGAGUCCAUCCUACCCGACUUCAUCCUUCGGAAGCUCACCGUACGCACAAUGACCAUCUACCCCAACCAGCGCAAGAAGAACUUCAUCGCCAAACUGUGGCGCGGCGACUUUGCCAUGAAGGAGGUGGCCGAGAAGAUGAUGGCCGACGCCGAGAAGGUUGGCGCUGACCUGGCUCAGGAGACCACCCUGCACCAGCUGCAGAGUCUGAAGACGGAGGUGCGCCUGCUGGCCGACCAGCUGCAGACCAUCCGCGCCAUGACUGAGGCGCUCAUCAGGAAGAACGACAUUGACUGGGAGGCCGAGGACCGCUAUCAGUUCAACUGAACUGCCGAGAGUCGUUAGGAAGUUCAACUGAACUACCGAGAGCCGUUGUAAGUUCAGCCGGACUGCCGAGAGCUGCUACCAAUUCGACUGAACUGUUGAGGACUAGGUGCACUGGUAAAUUUCAAAUGGAUUACAAAGGUCAGGACAACCUCAUCUUCAAGACGUUCACGAAGCAACCAUACCAGGACAGCUCCCGUGGAGGCUGUUUAGUUCCUUUCCGCACCCGGUAAUCGGUUUGUUCCAUCCAGUACCAUUUUCCGCUUUAUUCAAUCACGUAUACUAUGCGGAUCAAAUAGGUGUUAAUUUAUAGAUAGCUGGAUAUUAAUUUCUAGAUAACAUUUGUAUCUGACUGCACACUACAUAUAAUGCAGUAAUCUAGUAUUGGACCAACUUCUGAUGUCACAUGUCAUGGUUUGAGACCUUUUAAAAAAAGCCUCAAACCAUGCCAAACCACCUUCUUGCGGUGCAAAAAAUCUCGAAAAGAAACCAUCUACCUUACACAGUAUUUGAUUAGAACUGAAUGGCUCCAGAACGCCAAUUAUUAGGUUUCUAGGGAGAGUAGCCGCUUUUCGGCUGCGAUGCGUUGUGCUGUUGUUUGUAGUGCCAGACUCGUGCUGCCUUCGUGCUGUUUGUGGGUUGACCUGGCUGGCUGGUGCCUGGUGAGGGUACUGCGCUGGUUCGCCGCGGCCAGUGAGAAGAGGCCUCGACUGUGCGGGCUCCGUGAUACGUUGUGUGAAGCGCCUUCCCAGUUUCACUGUUUUCUGCGCACAAUGUAGCUCUGCGAAGCCAGUAGGUUGAGAAAUGAAUAGUAGAUAGCUCCAGCAGUGCAUUUUGCGCAUUUGUAUACUUGCACAUUUGUUCGGUGCCAGUGGUCGUGAGAUUCGCUUUUGAACGAUCAGUG